UACAGAAUGUAUGACAAUAUGUCCACAAUGGUGUAUCUAAAGGAAGAGAAGUUGGAGAAGCUUACUCAAGAUGAAAUAAUUUCUAAAACUAAGCAGGUGAUUCAGGGACUAGAGGCACUGAAGAAUGAACACAAUUCCAUAUUGCAGAGCUUACUUGAGACACUGAAAUGUUUGAAGAAAGAUGAUGAAACUAAUCUGGUGGAAGAAAAAUCAAACAUGAUUCGAAAGUCACUGGAAAUGUUGGAACUUGGACUUAGUGAAGCACAGGUAAUGAUGGCCUUGUCAAAUCACUUAAAUGCAGUGGAAUCAGAAAAGCAGAAAUUGCGUGCUCAGGUUCGCCGGCUAUGCCAGGAAAAUCAGUGGUUGCGUGAUGAACUAGCCAGUACUCAACAGAAAUUACAGAAGAGUGAACAGUCUGUGGCUCAGCUGGAAGAAGAAAAGAAACACUUGGAAUUCAUGAAUCAGUUAAAAAAAUAUGAUGAUGAUAUUUCUCCAUCAGAAGACAAAGACACAGAUUCUACCAAAGAACCUCUGGAUGACCUUUUCCCCAAUGAUGAAGAUGACCCAGGGCAAGGAAUCCAACAGCAGCAUAGCAGUGCAGCAGCGGCUGCACAACAAGGGGGCUAUGAAAUUCCAGCAAGAUUAAGGACUCUUCAUAAUCUGGUUAUCCAGUAUGCUUCCCAAGGUAGAUAUGAGGUUGCUGUACCCCUGUGUAAACAAGCACUUGAAGAUCUGGAGAAGACUUCGGGUCAUGAUCAUCCUGAUGUUGCCACUAUGCUAAACAUACUUGCUUUGGUGUACAGGGACCAGAACAAAUACAAAGAUGCAGCAAACCUCUUGAAUGAUGCCUUGGCUAUUCGUGAAAAGACUUUGGGCAAAGAUCAUCCAGCGGUGGCAGCUACUCUAAACAAUCUUGCAGUGCUUUAUGGUAAACGAGGAAAGUACAAGGAGGCAGAACCUUUGUGUAAGAGAGCUUUGGAGAUCAGAGAAAAGGUCCUGGGGAAGGAUCACCCAGAUGUUGCCAAACAGUUAAAUAACCUGGCCUUACUGUGUCAGAAUCAGGGUAAAUAUGAAGAGGUGGAGUACUACUAUCAAAGGGCACUUGAGAUCUACCAAACUAAACUAGGACUGGAUGACCCAAAUGUAGCAAAAACAAAGAAUAAUCUGGCAUCCUGCUAUCUGAAACAGGGAAAAUUUAAGCAAGCAGAAACUUUAUACAAAGAGAUUCUUACUCGUGCACAUGAAAAGGAAUUUGGCUCUGUAGAUGAUGAAAAUAAACCCAUCUGGAUGCAUGCUGAGGAGAGAGAAGAAUGCAAAGGAAAGCAAAAAGAUGGCUCGUCCUUUGGAGAGUAUGGUGGUUGGUACAAAGCUUGCAAAGUUGAUAGUCCAACAGUAACAACUACCUUAAAGAAUCUUGGAGCACUUUACAAACGUCAAGGCAAGUUUGAAGCUGCUGAAACAUUAGAAGAGGCAGCAGUGAGAUCUCGUAAGCAGGGUCUUGACAAUGUUCACAAACAGAGAGUUGCUGAAGUGCUAAAUGACCCCGAGAGCAUAGAAAAAAGGCGAAGCCGAGAAAGCCUCAAUGUAGAUGUGGUAAAGUACGAAAGUGGCCCUGAUGGAGGCGAGGAAGUGAGUAUGAGCGUAGAAUGGAAUGGGGAUGGCACUGGAUCUUUAAAACGCAGUGGUUCCUUUAGCAAGCUCCGUGCUUCAAUUAGACGCAGCAGUGAGAAGCUGGUUAGAAAGCUGAAGGGAGGAAGUUCACGAGACAGUGAACCAAAGAAUCCUGGCAUGAAGCGUGCCAGUUCUCUGAAUGUUCUUAACAUGGGUGGCAAGGCUACUGAAGAUCACUUUCAAGAACGAAAUAAUUGUCUGACAGACUCAAGGGCUCUGAGUGCCAGUCACACUGAUUUGGCACAUUGAAGUUCUUGGAGAGAAACUAGCUAAAAUUCCUUUGUGAAUAAAGAAGCACUGAGACUCUCAAAGCUUUGGUUCCUUAUCACUCUCUAUAGGAACAUCUAAUUUGUAGACUCUUUUGCAAUGGACUGCUGUUUUUACUUUUCUAAAAUAGUAGUGACAUUUUAAAACAUAGUAUUAGUGGAUAUUUUCUUCUGAAGAGAAACUAUAUAGAUAUAUAUUGCUCAUUGCACUGCUGUCAUUCAUGCUACUUAUGUUGAUUUCUGUUAAGAGAUCUGAAUAUCACAGCAGCUGAAAACUGAAAAAAUAGAAAUACCUAUAAAACAUACCAAAAUGCUAAGGAGUAUAAAGGGUUCUCUAUAUUGAUAUUUGAAAACAGAUUAAAUAUGUAGCAGAAAAUAUAUACAGUGCUUGAAUGAGACAAGUAUCAGUUAUGUGCAUUACUGUAUAAAUUCAGAAUGGGGUAUACUGUACUGGUGCGACUUUACCUUACGUGACUGAGAAUCACAAUUUCAGAUAUCUUGCCUGAAAAGUAGAGCUUAAAUAUUGGAUUCUUAACCAGUAGAUCUAAAUAAUAAAUGUUGUAAUGGAACUAUAGGUGGCAUGCAUAGCAAUACCUGUAACUAUGAAUUUCAUACCUUAUUUAUUGAUGUAGGUCUUAAGGCCCAGUAAUCAGGGGGAUUUGAACAGGGGGAAAUAGCAAAGAUUUUGGCCUGUAUUUUGUACAGUAGAUGCAUAUUGAAGCUGUGGGAUGCAACUGUCCCAGAGCAGUAGAAUAUUGUGCCUCAGGUUGCUGACACUUUUCCUGCCUUUCCACUGGAAUUCUUAUCCCUUAGUUCUCUUUAGGCUAAAACUACUCCAUUGUUUCUUCAUGCUUGUUCCAACUCUUGCCUCUCUCCAUAUUAGUUGAUGGCAACAGGAGCAAAUGAAGCAGGUGAUUGCAUGCUAGGCUGUUAUACUGUGGAAUAGCUGCUGUGCAGAGGACAUACUUUUGAAACUCUCUACUGAAGUUUAAUACAUUUAGGGCCCCAUCAGAAGCAUUAGAUGCCCUUAUUUGGCAGAUAGGUCACAUUUUGGAUCAGCCAUCCUUUUUUAAUCUAGAUACAAUUAAUAGAUAUGCUGUCUGUAUUCAGGCCUGCUGCUGGGACUAAGUAUGUAAUGUUUAAGUAUCUUGUGAACACUAACAUUUUCAGUUCGUUUUUUUUCUGUAAAAUAUGUGAUAUUUAAAAUGCCACACAGAAUUUUGUAGACAAGUGAAAACUGUUAUUUACAUGCAAGUGGAAGGAGAAAGUAAAAAUGUGCAUGUGUUUGUGAAUAUAGGGAAGUAAUUGAAAUAUACAGAACAAAAGGAUAACUUUGGGACAAGCUGGAAUACUAAUCCAAGAUGAGACUAACACACAUUGAGGUAAAAUAGAGGAAGGAAAAAAAA